UAGACGGUCGUUUACGGUGAUUUGCAAGUUAAGAUGCUAAAUGGAAAAUUCUACACGGGUCUGCCGCCCGGCAUGAUUGAACGGGGUGCGACACAGCGCAAUCGCCUGCAAUCAAGUAUUUUCUGGCCGGAUGACACGAAAGUCGACUCAGCGGUGGAGACGCGUGUCAAACGGCGUAAUAGCUUACAAAUUGCACAAGCCGAAAGGCCACGACUGCGCAUGCAAUCAUCGGUGAGCGGUGGUGGCGGCGGUGAUGCAGACAUAAAUACACGACAGCUAUUUCAGAAAGAGUUUUCAAAAUCAUCAAUCGAGUUUUUGGAUAAUCUUUGUGAUGAAACGAAAGCUAGAAAACCUUUGCUCUUUAGGGGUCAUAGGAGUGCAGCCAGCGAGGUGACAGCUAAACCGACAGCACUGAGACUGCCGCUGCCCGAGAAUGUGGUGAACGCUGGCUAUACCACUGCCAAGAAGAAGCAAGCGUUCACAUCGAAAAUCGAGUUCUACGAUUAUGUGGGUGAUGAGUUGAACAAUCGAAAUAAUUUGAGACGCGCCAAAAUGGACAUGAACGAUAAGAAGGAGAUGGAGCGAAAUACGAAGAACAGUCCCAAAUUGCAAGUGAAAAACAAUAUGCGCGAUUUAAGCGCGAAGGAAAAGCUAUAUCCCACCGAGCGACGUGAGAAGGUGGAAUUAGAGAAAGUGAGUAGCAAGAAUGUGCAGGAUAAUACUGAAAUUGAAUUGAAAAACAAUAUGCGCGCCGAAACGGAGAACAGAGCGCAGGAUCGUUACGCCACCGAAGUAUUUGAUGAAGAAUACGAAGGUGUGCGUUACAAUUCAGCAGGAAGUAGGAGAAAUCCGCGUGCAAGCGUAGAUCGUUUUAGAGACGAACGCAUACGUGAACUGGAUUUUUUGGAAAGUAGACGAACUGUUAGUCCAGAGCAUGGCUACAGACGUGAACAUCGUUUACAAGAAUUGUAUGAAGAUGAAUAUGGCGCUCCCGAUUAUGCACCCACUGGACGCUAUGGGCGCGUGACAGCAGUGCGUCGCUCCAACAGCGUUGGACGUUUCACGACGCCACCAAAACGCAUACUAAAACAACCCAUAAGAGAGCGCAGGCAUUACGAGGAUUAUGCAGAUGAUGGUUAUAGAAGCAGCAAUAUCAAUAGAGGCAAUGCCCCUUAUAGACGCAGAAAUAACGAAGUAUAUGAACGCCAAGCUUACAACGAGCACGAUGCUGAAGAAAAUGUGGACUACAUGGAGGAUCGCAUGAGAAAUAUGCGCGUUCACACAUCACCAAAAAAACAUGUCACCUACAGCGAUGACACCUACUCGCACGACGAUGAAAUGCCAACUCAGUCACGACGAACGCUCGCGUCAAACGCGCAGUCGCGCAACCGCGCACCACCAUCAAUAAAAACAGCAGCAAAUAUGCGCACCGGAAGCAACAACCUGCAACGCCAACAACCAGCCUUACGACGCUACAAUAGUGAAAUCGAUAUCGUAGAUGAUGCUAAUGUGGAGACGUUGGAGCCGGAAUUUGUGGAAAAUGACAUGAGCGGCAGCGCUGCAACAAUCAAGUCAUUAAAUAUUGCUGGCACUUACAAUAACAAAAGCAAUAGCCACCAGUGCAUUGAGGGUGAAGAGCACAAGCGUGUGGUCAAUAAAAUAAAUAACAACAAAAACAAUAAUUACAAUAAUACAAGCAGUCGUCUUAACAAUCAAACUAUAGCAUCAGCUGCACGAAAAAUCACACCAAAUAUGCCCACAGCCGUGACAACAAAGCAAAACACCGACACGCGAAGCGCAACACCAGAAGCGGCGGCGGGAGCGGGCGUUAAAAAACAUUUGCGCAGCAGCCUCUGUUUUAACAAUGGCGAGAUCAUUGCGAGCGAUGACGGCGGUUCGACGUCCGUAAAGGCACCCACGCGCAAUGCGCGCAGCACGGCGACGCGUCAGCGCAUUAGUGUGGGUCUGCCCGAUUAACAGCAGACUUGGCGCUGAGCGGCUAAGCGGCGGCGUAACUGGACGCGCAGCUGCAGUGUACAACGCGAGCAUGGUGAACGGCUUGUACGCGUACUUGUUUUGCGGCGCGCGCUCGCUAACACAAAGAUCAUUCAUAAAAUGAGCUUUAUCAUUGUAAAAUGUUGUUGCUUUGGUUGUGUCUUUAAGUGAUCGAAUUUUAUAAAUGGAAAAUUAACAAAGUGACUUUAUGAACGUUAUAGUAAAUACAGCGCGGUAUAUAUGUGCAUACACAUAUGCAAAUUUCAAUGCUAGAUAUUUCCCAUAAAUGUUUCGGUGUAUGGUAUAUUUGUUAAUAUGUGUAGGUAUCUCAUUAUAUAAGGCUUUUGUGUUUUUUAUUUUUGCGCUUAACUAGUAUUUUAUGGCAUUUUGUGUUCUUAAAGUUGGAAAUUCAUAAAUACCAAUGAAUACAAAUACAAUGGCAAGCCUAGACUCAAAUUCAAGAUCACGUCUAUGUAAACAAUUUUCGUACUUACUACAGCAUAUAAAUAUACAUACAAAUAGUAUUUUAUGUUGCCUAUAAAGCCAUAAAUACAAAUCUAUAUUUUAAAGCGAUAAUUGAAAAUGUUUUUACAUAAAAAAUCUCAGUUGAAAAUCUAUCAGUAGUCUAUUGCUGGAUAUAAGUACUAACUUGGAAUUUUAAUUUCAAUUAUUUACAACAAAAUUUGUAAUAAACAGCUGUUCAAUAGUCAGCUAGAAUGACAUCAGCAAAUAUCUUGGCUUAAUCAGCUAUCUGUAUUAUUCGAAAGGAACAGCUUAUGUCGAAAGUAUCAAUAUGAUGACUAACAAUAAUUUAAAGUUUAAGCUAUUUUUUCAGUUGAUAUCAAAUUUUUAUUACGAACUGAGCAUUAUUACCGUUGAGUUCUUUAAGAGGUUAGAUGGGUUUCCUCGGGUAAAAAACAGCCUUAUUUCAACAUUUUUUUCUUAUAUAAAAAAAAAGAAAAAUAUUUUAUUAGAAUUUUUAUUGUUACAAAAACAUACACUAUAAACAAGGAAAUUCUGAAAUGUUUGGAAACCCGGCUAUUGCGACACCAAUUCCGGAGACCAAUAGGAAAAAAGAUGUGCCUGCGUUGGCAGGAUAACUCCUUACAGGAUAAACUAAAGUGAAAAAAUAAAACUUUAACUUAGAACUUAGGACGAAGAAAAGAAACUGAAAUUUGGAUUUUACAUUUUUACAAAAAAAUUAAAAUUUCAGUGAACAUUUCGCGAAAUUUUUUUAUUUG